UAUCCUGCAUACCGGACCCGGCUCCUGGACUCCCGCCCCCUUAAACUGAACAAAUUAAAUGGCUUCCGCUCAGUCUUUUUUACUGCCUUGAUUCUGUCCUCAGCCGAACCGGGGACUGGCGCCGGCUAUCUCCGGGGAAGAGCUCUGGAGAGGACUAAGCGCGCGCAUCCUGCUCCGCCACCUCUCAAGCGCGUGGAGAUCCGCUGCGACCCUCACCGAGGGGCCCCUCCCUCCCAGACGCAGCGACUCCCGAGUCACGUGACCGCCGGAUCAGCUGACCAGGCAGGACCGGAAGGAGAAACAACUGGCCCCAGACCGCUUGGCGAGAUGAGGUUCCGCUUCUGUGGUGAUCUGGACUGUCCUGACUGGGUCCUGGCAGAGAUCAGCACUCUGGCUAAGAUUUCCUCCGUGAAGCUGCGGUUGCUGUGUAGCCAGGUGCUGAAAGAGCUUCUGGGACAGGGGAUUGACUAUGAGAAGAUCCUGAAGCUCACAGCUGAUGCUAAGUUUGAGUCAGGCGAUGUGAAGGCCACGGUGGCGGUGCUGAGUUUUAUCCUCUCCAGUGCAGCCAAGCAUAGCGUGGAUGGCGAGUCCUUGUCCAGUGAACUGCAGCAGCUGGGGCUGCCUAAAGAGCAUGCAGCCAGCCUGUGCCGUUGCUACGAGGAGAAGCAAAGUCUCCUGCAGGAGCACUUGCGGGCCUGCAGCCUGCGCGGGCCAGGAUCCCGAGAGCACUCCACACCAUCUUGCAGUGAACAGGCUGGCAGGCGUGGGCUGGCGGGUGGACUACACACUGAGCUCCAGCCUCCUGCGGUCCGUGGAGGAGCCCAUGGUGCACCUGCGGCUGGAGGUGGCAUCCGCCCCGGGUGCCAAGGCCCAGCCUGUCGCUAUGUCCCUCUCAGCAGAAAAGUUCCAGGUCCUACUGGCAGAACUGAAGCAGGCACAGACCCUGAUGAGCUCCCUGGGCUGAGGAGAACGGUGUUCAGGGCCCAAGCAGAGCUGCCUUACCCGUGUCAAGUGGCUGCCCUUGGAACUUCUCCUUGGGCAGUGGUCCCAGCCCCAAGAUGCUGGGUGCCUGGCCUCCUGGGUCCCUGGCUUCCUAGGUCCUCAUUUGAGAGUUCAGCAUAGGGAUCCUCAGGCCCUUUUUCCACCAUUGCACUUCCGCCCCAUCAAAGGCACCUGUCACCUGUUUCCAUGGGACGGAGGAAUAAAUAAGUGUAAAGGAGUGUGUGCGUGGGUUUC